CCUUUCCCGUCCCUCCCAUCCCGUCCCCGUCCCGCCCGCCGCCGCCGCCGCGCUGGCUCCGAGGGGCGCGGCCUGCUGCUUCCUCCACCAUGUCUCGGAGCCCCUCAGCGGAUGACAAGACCUUGCUCCUGGAGUACCGAUGCCACCCGGUGCGUCCAGAGCCCCCCAGCCCGACCUGUCCCCACGGCAAGCAUGGCUCCACCGCAGCUCCCAGUGCCACCCCGCUGUCCCCUCUGGCGUCCCCAACCUCGGCCGAGCCCCGGCGCAUCAUCCUGAGCACGGAGAGCCCGGCUGCGCUCAAGGUGGGCACGCAGCAGCUCAUCCCCAAAAGCUUGGCCGUGUCCUCCAAGCCCAAGAACAGCCCCUCCCGGCACCAGAGUUUCGGGGCCAGCCGYGAGCCCCUGAGCCCGGACACGGCACGGACGGCUGUCCCCAUCCUGUCACUGGAGGCSGAGGAUGAGGAUGAUGGCGGAGGGGCCCUCAAACGCAACCUGAGGAACAUGUCCUACCGUGCGGCCAUGAAGGGCCUGGGUGCAGAGCUGGAGCCACCAAAGGCCACCCCGUCACUGAAGCCCGUGUCCGAGGAUGGCAGUGCCCUGCCUGACCGCAGCCCCGGCAGGAGCAAGAGAACCCUUGGGAGGAAGCGGGUGCAGAAGCGUGGCRGCUCAUUCAAGGACCAGCCCCGGCUGUAUCAGGAGAUCCGUGAGAGAGGGCUGAACUCUGUCAGCCAUGAGUCAGACGAGGACUUGCUGGAGGAGCCUGUCCCAGAGGAGCCGUCCCCUCUGGGCGCCGCCAUCGUGGUGCAGAGCUACCGCCCUGCGCAGGUCACCUGGAGCCAACUGCCCGAGGUCCUGGAGUCAGGCAUCYUGCAGAGGAUCUCCCCCGAGGAGCGCAAGCGGCAGGAGGCCAUGUUUGAGAUCAUCACUUCAGAGUACUCCUACAUGCACAGCCUCAGCAUCCUGGUGGGCCACUUCAUGAGGUCGGAGGAGCUGAAGGAGACCAUGACUCAGACAGAGCAUCACCACCUCUUCUCCAACAUCAGUGACAUCCUGACAGUCAGCACGAGCUUCUUUGAGGACUUGGAGAAGCGGCACCAGGAGCACCUCCUGAUCCCUGACAUCAGUGACAUUGUGGAGGAACACGCCUCAAAACACUUCACCCCCUACAUCAGCUACUGUUCCAACGAGGUCUAUCAGCAGAGGACACUGGAUAGGCUGCUAACCACAAACCCCUUAUUUAAAGAGACCCUGAAACAAAUUGAAAGGAAACCAGAGUGUGGAGGCCUGCCAAUGAUCUCGUUUCUCAUUCUGCCCAUGCAGAGGGUAACACGCCUUCCUCUGCUCUUAGAUACCGUCCAGCAAAAAACAAACGCUCACUCUGCAGCGUAUGGAGCUGCCACCCGUGCUGUGAAGGCCAUCAGCAAGCUGGUGAAGAGCUGCAAUGAGGGAGCUCGGGCRAUGGAGAGGACAGAGCAGAUGUACACCUUGCAGAAACAGCUGGAAUUUGGAAAGAAGAAGCCMUUCCCGCUGAUCUCGGUGUCCCGYUGGCUGCUGAAGCGCGGCGAGCUGCACCUGCUGCUCUCCGAGGAAUCCGGCAAAUUCCGCCGCGGCGCCGGCCGCCUCUGCCACCUCUUCCUGUUCAACGACGUCCUCAUCAUCACCAAGAAGAAGAGCGAGGAGAGUUACACGGUGAUGAACUACGCCACGCUGGASCAGGUGACCGUGGAGAAGGUGGAGAGCUCGGAUCCACCCUCCCCUCCUCCCAGCAAGGCUGGUGGGCACCUGCUGCGGGUGGUGCUGGAGAAGGACAGCGAGGGCCGGCGUGAGGAGGUGGUGCUGUCGGCAGAGACGCUGAGUGACCGGGCCCGCUGGAUCGCAGCGCUGAUGCACAGGGAGAAGGAGAAGCCUGACCCCACUCCCAAAGGAGAGCUGAGCCAGGUGGAGAUCACCCGCGCCUACCUGGCCAAGGAGGCRGACGAGCUGUCCCUGCAGCAGGCAGACGUUGUCCUGGUGCUGGGUGGAGAGGAUGGCUGGUGCUGGGGGGAGCGGCUGCGGGAUGGGGAGCGGGGCUGGUUCCCCCAGUCCUGUGCCCGGCCCAUCACRAGCCGCGUGGCCGCCGAGGGCAACGUGCGGCGCAUGGAGCGGCUGCGCAUCGAGACCGACGUGUAGGGGGGCCCAGAGAGAGCCCAGAGAGASCCCUSUGCCUGCCUCGGGGAGCUCCACACCUCUGCACACUGAGCCCACGGAGAGGAGGGAGCACCAGAGCCUUUCUGCUGGAUCUGAGCUGGCCUCGGGUGGCAAUCUGAGCGCCCAGCACAGGGCUGUGUGACAGCGGUGACACCGCAGCUCCUGCACGGGACAGCUGGCACCGGGCACUCCUGGCAGCGCUGGGACCCGGAUCAGGCUCCGGGAGCAGCCCAGGGCUUGGCUCA